CUCGAGUGUUUACAUCGACGUAGCUCCUCCGAGGAACACCCUGUGAUAAAUAGAAACGAAAACAAAUUAUUUCAACAUGAAACGCGAAUUUUCAAAGCUGCUGACCCCAAUCCUGCUGACUCUAUUAGCUGUAGCAGUAAUCGGACUUGACGACAAUUUAGCGACCGAAAGUAAAGCGAAGGCCCAGAAAGUGGCACACAGCAGCAGAUUGGCUAAUCAAUUGAAGACACAAGAUGUCGGUCACCUUUAUAGACACGAAAACGGAUAUCGUCCAUCAAAUGUGCAACACGACAAGUACAAUCCACUCUAUUCCAACUAUGAAGCGCCCAAACUGCAGUACGGACCAUUCGGCUCAACGAAAAAUUACAACCCAGAACCAACUUACAAUCCUUACGUGCCCGUCUACCCCCAAACGCCUUAUACUCGUCCUCAGACUUCGAAUUACGACUCGUCGUCGUACAUCUACCCUCUUUCUUACUACACCGAACCACCGACUUACGCCUAUCCGCAGCAAUCUUAUCCGUCGCCAGCCUACUCGCCAUCGGUCUACGUUCCUCAAGCAUACACUGAAGCUCCCUAUCCUGCGACAUCAGAUUUUCAAUACCCACCUCUUUACUACAAAGACUUGAAAAAAGUACAAAGACCUUUCGACGCUGUCACUGUAAGUAGACCCACCGAACACGCCGCUAGCAACCACAACGAGUACACUAAUAAUUAUGACGAAUACGUUAACAUUCCCAACGAAUACGCUCAUAAUCAGAACGAAUACCCAAACAUCCCCAACGGGCACAGUAAUAAUCACAACGAAUAUUCUAACAUUCCCAACGGAUACGGUAAUAAUCAGAACGAAUACGCCAAUAAUCCAAACAAAUACGUAGGCGUUCCCAACAAACAUGCUAGCAGUCACAGCGAAUACGCAACCGGCAACACUCAAAACGGAUACCAUAAUAAUUCCAACAAAUAUGCAAGCAUUCCCCACAAAUACGCCAACACCCCUAACAAAUACGCUAACAGCCACAACGAAUUCGAAUAUAGCGCCAACGACUUUCCCAAAUUUGACGAUUUUUUAAAGCACAGUCUUACUCAAUUUCCAAAUUACAGAAAUUAAGGGAAAAUGGCUUGGCUAGAGGUAAUGUUGUCGAUUAUUGAAUGGCGGGGCUAUUCUAACACAUUGGACAAUUGUAAAAGAUAGAACUGAAUAUAAACCAAAUUAGCAAAUAAACUUACUGUGAACUCCAA